AUGACCGACAUUAAAAGCGUUGUGACCUCCAUUUCGGCUAGUAUCCGCGAACCGUCGAAGGAUGAUGUUAUAUACUUGGACGAGUGCAGCGUGACCGGUUACAAGGACAUCUUCGAGGAUGGCGUGUUCGUGGACCUCGUUUCCUUCGAGAGCUUCGGUCUGAAGUGCCUUAAGUACAACUACAAGCGAGCGGAGGAGGGUAGCGUCCAGAGCCCAGGGGUACACGGAGGAAGGUUCUACCUGAAUAUCAAGAAGAAAAAAAAAUUGUUGGAGAAGAUAGAAAAAAGCGAAAUAAAAAAUCUGACUCUGAAUGUGGAAGGAGGAUUCAAGGAGAGUAAGGUGUACGAGUAUCAGUUGGAAUAUUCAUUGUACGACUUGGAAACUAAUCUGUAUAUUAGUUUAGAUCAAGUGGAAGACGAGCGUGUAAAAAGCAUAUGUAACAAAAUAAUUAGUCACAAGAAUGAGCUAAAGAAGGAGAACCCGAACAAGUGGAUAAACGAAAUAAAAGAAAGUAAGUACGCAAAGGAUCUAGUACAACUACCAAAUAUUACAAUAAAAAAUGAAAACCUCGAAUGUGCAGUUUGCAAAGCUAAGAAAAAUAUAUGGCUGAAUUUAUCCGAUGGGUACAUAGGGUGUGGAAGGAAAAUAUUCAAUUAUGGAGGUGGUUGUCUGAACAAUGAAGAAGGAGCAGCGUUAAGGCAUUAUUACGAAAGUGGAAAGAAGUACCCCCUAGUUGUCAAAAUAGGAACCAUCACCAAGGAAGGUGAAGCAGAUGUGUUUUCCUAUGCAGAUGAUGAAAAUGACAGUGUAAUAGAUCCGUACAUAGAUGUACACCUAAAAAAUCUAGGAAUUAAUAUAACAAAUUUAAACAAAACAGAAGUUACCACUUUGGAGAAAGAAAUAAAAGAAAAUCAGAACAUCAAUUUUUCUUCUAUACUUGAUAAGGAUACGGAACUUGUAUGUAGAGAAGGGAAGGUUGGAUUUAUCAACUUAGGAAAUACGUGCUACAUGAAUUGUGCGUUGCAAGUAUUCCUCUCCAUUAAAGAGGUCAGCUACAGAUAUAUAGACAAUCAGUUAGAUUUCCUACUAACGUUGGGAAGGGAAAAUAAGACGCACCAAGAUAUGUUCAUUCAAUAUGCAAAAUUAUGCAGCAUGGUUUUUAAAGAAGAUUAUAUUAAUAAAAAAAAAAAUUAUAUAAAAAAGUUUAAAGGAGAAUGUGAGAAGAGAAAUGUGGAUGUAACGUACGACAGUGAUGUGGAUGAAGAAAAUUCUGUAAGUAUCAAUCCAUCCAUGUUUCGAACAUGCUUAAAUCAAAAGGGAAAUUCCUUCUGCAAUAAUAAUCAGCAGGAUAUUUUCGAGUUUUUAACCUACCUCCUAAAUGAACUGAUCGAAAAUGAAAAUAAUAUUUUCCAUAGACUCCUAAACGGGAAUAAUUCCAACAAGAGGAAAAUCAAUCAGUUGGAAAAUGUUGAAAACGGGGGGGAAGCUGAAAAGGAGGAGAAAUUUAAAAAGAGCAACAACAGCAAUAGCAACAGCAAUAGCAACAGCAAUAGCAACAUCAAUAGCAGUAACAUAUCCCCAUCGGAGGGCGCAAACGCACCAGGGGAUAACCAACACAAAAACGAAAAAUCCCUCUUCAAUCUCUUCACCUUCGAAAUGGAACAAACCAUUGUAAGUGAUGAGCAUAACAUAAGUAGGAGCUCUUUCCAAAACAACAUCCUCUCAUUGGACAUACCCCUGGAUAAUACUGUGUUGAAAAAAUUAGAAGGAGAAACUUCACCUACCUCUCUCCCUCAUGUAACGCUACUAGACUGCCUGAAUAAUUUUAUAAAAAAAGAUUACAUUGAUGAAUACUAUAGUGAAGAGAAAAAAAUGAAAAUCUUAGCCCAGAAGGAUAUUAAAUUUAAGAGCUUCCCUCCUUACCUUUUUAUUCACAUUAAAAGAUUCUAUGCGGAUGAAAACUGGAACGCAAAGAAGAUAAAUGUUCUCGUUCAGGCCGAUGAAUAUAUCAACUUAGAGUUUAUGAGAUCGGAGAAUAGUCGUGUUGGUGGAGAUAGCAGAAGUGCAUAUGGUGAAGGAGCACAAGAUAAGAAUUCUGCGGAGUCUUCUCAUGUAGGGGUAAAGAACGAGGAGUACAUCAUGGAACAAUAUAAGGAUCUUGUGGAUUCUCUUCUAGAUCUAGGAUUUGAAAAGGAAAAAGUUUUGGAAUCUAUUAGAAAAGUGAAAGUAAAAAAUGUGAACAACUGUAUCUCCUACAUUUAUGGAGAAGACUCCGUAGAACUAGAUCCCCAAGAAAUAAGCCAAGGAACAGAGGUUAAUUCAGAAAAUUUAAAUUCCAUCGUCAACAUGGGCGUGAACAAGAACGUAGCUAUGGCUGCUCUCCUUAUAAACAAAAACGACUUGCAAAAAUCUAUUGAUUAUAUUUUCUCCAAUCUGGAUGAUCUCACAGAGAGCAAAUGCGCUGCGAUAGUGAACAGUAACAAGUGCGAAGACGGAUUGGCCAACUACGAACUAGUCGCUUCCAUCGUGCACAUGGGAAGCAACGCUAACUCGGGCCACUACAUCUGCUACAUAAAGGACGAUUCUAAAUGGUACGUAUACAACGACAACAAGAUUGGUCUAUGCGACACGAACAAGGGCAAGGACACGGCAUACAUCCAUUUGUACAAGAGGAUCUGA